AUGUCUCCCUUUGCAGAUGAUUUGCCGCACUUGGCCCUCCUUUAUGGAAAUCUGACAGAAGAAGAGAGGAAAAGAGCUCAAGAGAAAGUGAGUAUUCUGGAUGAGAGCAUUACUGACUUGAGCUUCCCAAUAGCUAGCGUUGCAUUAUACAAAACCAACUACCAAGAUAAAACUCUCAAAUCUUGGGAAAAGAUUGCACAAAAAAUCCUACGACCGAGAUAA